ACCCAAAACGAUUCAUCUCGGUUCAAAGUCAUUGGUACCAUCAUCAAAGCUUUUGGAUGGAGAGAGGCGUGCCCAUAUACGUAGACAACGAGUUCGGAGAAGGAAUCAUACCAUAUUUAUUGGAUGCCUUGGAAGAGGUUGACACUCGAAUUCCUUACCGGAGUCUUAUCUCUUUAGUGGCCAUUGAUGAGGAAAUUGAAGGGGAGCUAUACAAGUUAAUGACCACGCAAACUAGAGUCUUCAUUGUUCAUAUGCUCCCCGCUUUUGGGUUCAGGGUUUUCAACAUAGCAAAAGAGAUUGGGACGAUAACUGCAGAGCCAGGAGAUUCAAAUUCCGUUCCUAAAGAUUGGGAGAUUCCGAUAAUCAGUAAGAGGUUGAAGAUUGGAGUGCCAGUGAAGGAUGGAUUUAGUGAAUUCGUCAAGGUAACGCUAGAUCCAAGUACCAAUUCAACUACAGUCACCGGCUACUGCGUCGAUGUGUUCACUGCUGUCAUUGGUUCAAUGCCAUAUGCCGUAGCCUACGAAUUCAUUUCUUUCCAAAAUUUUAACGGUGAGAUGGCCAGAUCUUACAGUGACUUGAAUUACGAUGCGGUUGUUGGAGAUGUUACCAUCGUGGCUAACAGAUCAUUAUACGUGGACUUCACAUUACCAUACACGGGUCUGGAGUGAGGAGACAGUUGUGAGCAAUCCGUCAAGGUUUGUGGUGGUGAUAUGGCACUUUGUGGUAUUCAUUCUGACGCAGAGCUACACAGCCAGUUUAACUUCUCUACUGACAGUACAAUAACAGCAACCAACGGACCAACUUUUAAAACUGAUGGCUUUGGAUUUAUGUUUCCGAGAGGUUCUUCUCUUGUAGCAGAUCUCAACAGAGCUAUCUUAAAUGUUAGGGAAGGUGAUAAAAUAACUGAAAUAGAGAACGCAUGGUUUCAAAAGCAAACAAGUUGUCCUGAUUCAGGCACCACAAUUUCUUCUAACAGUCUGAGUCUUGGGAGCUUUUGGGGCCUCUUCCUCAUUGCUGGGUUGGCUGCACUAGUAGCCCUUAUCAUCUUUGCAGCUAAGAAGAGUGAACUGGAAGAGAGAAAUGGGAUUGAUAGCGUUCAUAUGUUACGUGCCAUUGAAGCCUCACCAAACACUAACUGGAUGCAAAGUCCUUCAACCAUCUCGAACCAGACAGAUUCGAGGUUUGUUUUAUUCGAAGAGCAGGCUGGACCUCCAACAGAUAUCUAAGAUAUAAGCGGCACAAUAACAUCUCCUGAAAUAGAAAUUCAACAUGCUA